CAGGAUGAUGCUGAGUAUCCUCGCCGUCUUUGCUGCCUUGGGCUUGGCGUCAGCGGCGCCUGUCGGAGAGGCCGCACCAUCUUGUUACGCAAUCAUCGAGACUGAGCUGUGUGGCCCGACCUGCCCCACGUGCAACGACUACGUCUGCGAGUGCUGCUCCACGUUUGUGAUUCCACCCCCUUUGGGACCGCAGCCCAGCUACGUGUGUCAGAACGGCCACCCUCCCUCCGACGAUACUGCGGAGGGUGAGGAUGUCUCCUGCGGCGAGUACGAGGUGGUCUGCGACGCGGCUAUCCAGGCGCUCGGCGACGACUGUCUCAUCGGCACCUGCACCGCCUGCACCAAGACUCUGCAAGACGGCGGUGUCGACUGCGCCACGCCGCCAGAGCCCGUUCCGGUCACCCUCGUGUGCACCGAGCCCGAGGUCAAGAAGUGCGGCUCUUCCUGCCCGGAGUGUGAGGACUACCUGUGCGAGUGCUGCCCGCCAGGCAUCCUUAGCAACUACGUCUGCGACCACGGCAGCUCUCCCACGUCCGACGACGCGGAGGACGAGGAGGACGAGGAGUCAUGCGGCGAGUACGAAGUGGUGUGCGAUGCGAACAUCCAGGCCGUCGGCGUCAACUGCAUCGCUGACUCUUGCAUCGCCUGCACCGCGGAGCUCCAGGCUCUUGGCGUUAGCUGCGCCACGCCGCUGGUGGACGAGGACGAGGAGUGCGGCGAGUACGAGGUGGUCUGCGACGCGGCUAUCCAGGCGCUCGGCGACGACUGUCUCAUCGGCACCUGCACCGCCUGCACCAAGACUCUGCAAGACGGCGGUGUCGACUGCGCCACGCCGCCAGAGCCCGUUCCGGUCACCCUCGUGUGCACCGAGCCCGAGGUCAAGAAAUGCGGCUCUUCCUGCCCGGAGUACUCGCAAGUGGACGCCGACCGCUUCCUCAGCCUCGCUGCCCGCUGCCUUUAGAGUCGUAGGGCGGCUUUCGACCGAGGUAGGACGGCGAGAGGGCCGUAAGCACGCAGGAAGGCUCAGCGGGAGGGAGAGGGUUCACACACGAGUUUAGGGGAGUACGCGCUUCUUUCUCUUUUUGUCCAAUGUGCAUGGUGUCGUGAGAGGAGAUGGCAGGUGUGAAGUGUAAGGCCUUGAUUUUGUCAGUUUUGUUCAUUGCAAUAGCGAGUUAUCUUUU